AUCUGGGCUAUUGCUUUCACAGAACUAGCUAUCACUACCUUGCACGCUAUAGACCCCAACAUUUUCCCCGACGGGUUACAAACGAUAAUUAGCUCACUUCGAGCGAUUCAAGACGUUUCUGACACUUCCCCUCUCCUUUUCGGCACGGCGCUCAUUGUCAUUGGGGGAUUCAUCCGCUGGUGGUGUUUUCACAUCCUUGAUCAUUUUUUCACAUUCAAGCUCAGUGUCCGCAAAGGACACGAGCUUGUCACAAAUGGACCAUACGGGGCCGUCUGUCAUCCAUUUUACGUGAGAGCUGCCCUGCUGUCAAUUGGCCAGCUCAUAUUGCACGGAUCGCUGUCUUCGUUGGUUAGACGCUCAAGGGGUUUAAACAUACCUGCAUUGAAAGCGAUUGCGGUGGUAGUGCUGAUGGGGAGAAUGAUUGUCAUAGCAAGCCUCGUCCUUAGGAUCAGGCACGAGAUGAAACGGCGAGGUCCAUUUCCAGAGCGGAGUGGGAGAACUGGGCUAAGGUAA